UAUAAAACGCAUUAAUUUUAAUGAAUUAAUUACCGUACCUUCGCAAUUAAUUACAGAUAACAAUAUUUAGCAAUUUUCCUUAUUUGUCAUAAUCUAUUUGAAAUGAUAUUAGGUUAUUUUUAUAUGAAGCUUAGGUUUUAGUUAUGAUUACCACCUAGCUGUUCAAGUCGAUUGAUGAUCUUUGAGCUUGGCAGCUUGUUGCAGUGUGGUGAUUACUAUCGGGUUAAGCGGUUGUGUGGCAGGUUAUCGUAAAUAUUGGACUUUGUGCGAGAUACUCAAAAUGGUCGAAGCCAGUAAAUUUUGGUUUGAGAAAGCCUGCAGUGAUUUUGAUUGUCCCAUUCUCAUUCACCCUUGGACACAUAAAUGCACCGAUGCGACCACUUCUAUGGUAGCAAGCUGCAUAAGAGGCAGCUACAAAUUUUAUGCCAUGGUCUACAUAAUACAAAUUCUAAUGAAAGGAAAGAAGUUAAGUAAACAAGAAGUAAUAGAGCAGUUCAAAUUAUACUUAAAGUCAGGUAUAUUUGGCCUCACAGUGGGCAGCUCUUUUGUCACACUUAAUUGUAUAUUCAGGGCUUUAUUUUUUAGUAAAUUUACUUACUACACAACAGUUCUUUUGCCAUGUACUGUGAGUGGGCUUGCCGUGUAUUUUGAACCACCUCAUAGAAGAAUUCUUGUUUUGAAUCUCUUUGCUAAUUUGGUGUUUGAGUACUGGGUAAGGACAUUAGAAAUGAAAGGAUGGCUGCGACGAUCACCAGGCAAAGAGACACUUAUUUUUAUGUUGGGUAGUGCUGCACUCUUUUAUUUCAUGAGAUUAGAAAGAGAGAACAGUAAACGAACACCUCUAUUCUGGUUUUUCACACCACCUCGUGUGUCGAAGGAGGAAGGAAAACCAGUCUGUGGUAUUGACGGUAGGAGUCCGGCCUGUCCCCACAAAGGACCCUGCCUGCAGUAUAUUCUUAAGGGUGCUGUCCAACUCCUGGGUGUGGGCAUACUGAUGUCCACCGUCCGGACGAUCAUCCCGCGUAUCCUUACCCCGGUGAAAGCGAUGAAGGCGCUGAAGUUCUCCCAUCUCAAGCUAGGGAUGUUCUUUGGGGGAUACAUCGGGAUUUAUAGGCUAAUAGUGUGCCUACUGUGCCGAGCGCGGGGCAAGGACAGCGCGCUGUACGCACUCCCGGCGGGCUUCCUCGCCGGCGCGGCGUUCCGUGCGUCGCCGUCAACGCCCAUAUCGUUAGCGCCGCUCACUUCUACUUUACAGAUCCUGCUCUCUUGGGUGCACCAGCGCGGCAGCAUCCCUCCAUCUUGGCCUCUAGUGGAGCUGGGCUACUGUCUCUGUCAAGGGCUGCUGUUCCACGCCCGCGUCAUGCACGAGGACGUCUGCCCGCGGUACAUCAUCAACCUCAUGACCACUGUCACCAGCGGCAAAGCUGAUCUCAUCCAAGGUGCUUUCAUAGAGAAGAUGUUGCAAUACGGUAUCGUGUAAGUCUAGUAGAAACUGUUACUUUAUAAGUAUUUAUUAGAGCUUUGUAAAUAUGUAUACAAUAAUAUGUUGUCACGACAUAACUCCAAAAUAUGGGAACUGGCUUCGCUUUUAAGGUAGAAAUAAGUAGUCGAAGUAGUUAGAAUAAUAUUUGAAGAGUGCGAGUUUCUGUUACUAAUCGCUUUAAAGUUAUUUACAAUUUGUGUGGCAUCGAAUUAUUUACCAUUGUUUGUCACUAGAGGCGCUAUUUUGAUGCCAUACUUUAAAUUCACUUCUUAACGGCAUUUAGGGCCUGUUUCACCACUUUCUGAUAAAGUGCCUAAUA